AUGAUUUCCAAAGCGUCAGCUUGCGUGGCCACAGCGGCUCUGUUGUUUCAAGGUCUUUCUUCUGCAGCCGCAACAACUGGUGGAUGCCAAGCUCUUGCAGCUGCUGGACUCUCAUCUCAGAUUUACUACCCAGCCGAUGCAAACUACAUUGCUCGUGAGGCAUCCUACUGGGCCGCCAAUGCACCGCUUUCUCCUCUGUGUAUUGUGCAGCCUCGCAACACCGCUGAAGUUCAAAAGGUCGUCAAGGCCAUUGCAGGUUCAAGCGGGAAUUUCACCGUGAGAAGUGGAGGACACGGCCACUGGAGAGGUGCCAGUGACAUUCACAAUGGCGUUACCAUUGAUCUUGGGCUUUUCACCGAUGUCACGGUGGACAAGAAAACCAUGAUCGCUUCCAUCGGGCCCGGCCCUAAUUGGGCGACAGUCUUCAAGACUCUAGAAGCUCAGGGAGCCAUGGUCGCUGGUGGUCGCGAUGGUGGUGUUGGAAUUGGCGGAUUCCUUACAGGAGGAGGCAAUUCUUACUACACUGGAAUGCAGGGCUUUGGCGCAGAUAAUGUCGUCAACUUCGAGGUUGUUCUUGCCGAUGGACGUGUUGUCAACGCGAACGCAAAAACCAACUCAGACUUAUGGAAGGCUCUUAAAGGCGGAUCUGGAAACUUUGGCAUCGUCACCCGUUUCGACAUGCAAGCUUUCACAGCCGUUCCUCUCUGGGGUGGUCUCUCAGCAGCGGAGCGAAAGUAUGGUGAUACCAUUAUCACCGAGUUGAUCAACUUCACUAACAACAACGCCAAAAACCCUGAGGAUGCCUUGAUUGUCAACUUCACUUACAACCCAGGCAUGUUCACAGAGAUCGUUGUUGCGAUGGUCACCGUGGAUGUAAAGGGCGCUGUCGCCCCGCCAGCUUUUGAACAGAUUGCCAAGGUACCAACAGUUCUUGCCGAUCUAACAACUAGAAGCAUGUCCAACAUCGCAACCUCUUAUCUUCUCGCACCUGGUAGCCAAAACGUCUGGUACUCCCUGACCUUCCGUGCUGACAGAGACAUUGUCUCCCACAUCGCCGCUCUCCACGACGAAAUGGUCGCCAAACUCCUCACGGUCCUACCAGCCGCUGACUUCACUACUCAAUGUCUCUUUCAACCAAUCCCAGCAUACAUUGCCCAAGACCGCUCUAACGCCAAGGGUGGAAACGUUUUGGGUCUCGAUGCCGUUAAAGACAACGCACUUCUCUGGCUCAUCACCGCUGCCGUCCAAACCGAAGAGCAACUCGCCAUCAUCACUCCAUAUAUCUCUGAGCUUUCCGCUGCCUCGAACGCCUAUGCCAAAGCCAAGGGUGGAGCCGUGGACUGGGUCUACCUCAACUACGCAGAUGGAUCCCAGAAUCCGCUCGCUAGCUACGGUGCUAAGAACGUUAAGUUCAUGAAGGAUGUUGCGAAGAAGUACGAUCCUAAGGCCAUCUUCCAGAACAAGGUCACUGGUGCGUUCAGACUCAACAGGAUAUAA